GUCAUCACCGGCUUGCCGCCCGCCGGGAAGAAAAAAACAUGGCCAGCACCCUGCGAUUACUUCCCCAUUAAUCAGAGCAAAAGUCCAGGAGGCGUGUCGAUGGGCACCACCUAUUUCACAAAAGAUAGAAACAAUGUACCUGGACCCAAGUAUGACAUACCACAGCUCAUGGGCACUGGUCCGUCAUUUACUAUGGCUUAUGCUCGAGAGCCGAAAAUGUGAGAGGCGAGCCCCGUCGCCAGGUUACUACAUGCCAGAACGCACGUACUCGCACAAGGAGAAGACCGCCAUGCACACCAUCUUGCCUGAGAGAACCCCGGAAGUGAAGCCAGGACCCAACGCCUACGACACGCGGCCCAAGCGGCCCAAGCGCGUGGGCUUCUCCAUCCGCAGCCGCACAAUCCCGACCUACCCCGCCAGCAUCAACGGCAUCGACAACACUCUGAAUAAAGGUUCCCCUGGGCCAGCCGCCUACUUCCCUCACCAUAUCGGCGACAUUGGAGAAGAGAAGAGAGGUCCGGACUUUGGCCGCCAGUACCUCAAGCUGGAGGACGGACCGAGGCCGGCUCCAUGGGACUACGGUGCCAUAGACUGCAAGACUCUGUCCACCAAGCCUCGAGCACCUGCAUACACAUUGCCCGCUAGGUGCCAUGAUAAAAAAGCUUCCGGCUCUCCUGGUCCUAGCGACUACGCUCCCCAGAUGAUCGACACCAGACUCGGGAACACGAUGACGGGAAGGUGGACAAAUCCCAGGCCCCCGGUCCUCCCUGGUUAUGAAUACCCGCCGAAUGGAGUGACGAAGAACGGCUUGAGCCGCUUCUCUGGCUUCACCUUCAGCAGUCGCCGCAGCCCUCAAAUCUUUAACCCCCUCUCACGCAGGCCGAGAUCUGCACGUGCCGACUGACCGCCGCUCAGCCUCCAGUUCAGAAGAGUCAAGUACGUAGGAGCCUUGCCUUCACAUCAAUAACGGCUGAGAGGAAGAGAGCCGUGAAUUGCAAAUAUACUGCCUUUUGCACGACUAAUGGCUACAACGUGAAACCUAUAGUUUGUCUGUAGGAAGUGACAAAGGCACACACAUAUAUUGUUCAUGCUGGUAAGGAAAUGCAUGCUAGUAUUUUAAUGUAGAAAGAUAAGGAGGAUGUUGAUUAAUGAAUUUACAAUCAUUCCAUCUUUCUUGUGAAACACAAUGCCUUGGGAUCACCACCAGUCCCCUCAAGAAACAAGGCAAUUCUUGACAGAUGAUAUCCUGAAACAGCUUUAUUCAAGAUUUGCCUCACAUACUCCAUAAUUAAUAGCCACUUGCACCAAGAAAUCCAUAAGAAAUAUCUAAAGUGUAAUAAAAACAUUGUUAAUAACUCCUACCUUUUGGCAUGGUUUGUCUGAACCUAUAAUACAAAAAACUGACAGCAGCAAAACAUAUUUCACUCAUAUGCAUCUUUCAAGGAAAUGUACAAUUGUAUCCAUUUAUUAAAAAAAAUGAUGUAUAAAAUCCAAAGCGCUAGUCGUCAUAUCUGCAUGUUAAAGAUCCAUGAGAGUUAUAUAUUUAAAAGAUGCAUUAGUUAACUCUUUCAUGGUGCUACUUUUCCUAAAACUUUCCAGAAAAACAAAAGUAGUUAAAGAUAGUCAAGUGUCUCAAACUGUCACACAUGCAUACCUACACAUCAAUACAAAUGUGCACACACUCACAAAUGUGUGCAUGCAUGCAUACUUCCUUGCAUCAAUGCAAGCAGAUAUCCACCUUCCUUGAAAAAUUGACAAAGAGCUUUUACACCCACGAACAAAUUUUUUUCUGAAAAACAUAUUUGCACUGGAAUUCACCAAUAAGAUCAAAGACAAAACAAAGCCCUUUUGUGCUCUAUAUGCAAAGCAUUGCACAACAAAAUAUUCUACAACACAUGAAAAAUAAAAGCAAAGAGUAAACAUAAAUACAGACAUUCAGAUCUAAUAAAGCAUGUCUUUUCCACUGCUUUAUAGACACAAAAGAUUUAAUUAAUAUUAGGGUUGUGUACCACACAUUCAUCAUCAAGAAGCAAAAGCCUGCUUUCUUGCUCUACGCAUGAAAAUGUCAUGAGCAUCAAGAGCAACAAACCACACAUACACAAUACUACAGGCAUGUGCCUACAUAAACAAGUGGUUGCAUGUAUUUACAUACUGAGGUUUUAAUCCCAUGAAUAAUACUCUCAGAAUGUAUAUAUCUCAAAAAUACAUAGUUUGAAAAAAGAUAACAACAUGCAUUCCUAGCUUUUCUUUCCACAAAUUAUGCCAUAUUUCAUAAAAAAAUCAUAUUCAGAUCAUCUGAAGAUUUGCUGUCCUACUUAAUGACAACUAUCUAUAAAUGAUGUAAGAAGUUGAGAAGCAAUAAGAAAAACAGUUUUAUAGAGACAAGAAAAUAUUAAAUGAAAUUUUAAGGUCUUCUUCAAAAUCUUUACUUUCAAUA